AACUUCCGAUUGCGACCCAUCAGCUCCUCGGAUUGGUCCAUUUCCACUGCCGGGGCUGCGUGAAGUUUUCGCCGGGUCCUGGAGUCGCACGUGUGGUGAGACCUAGAGACCCGGCCCUCUAGAAGCUGGGCCUUGGUAUCCCCGCCGGACUGCGAGGGUAUCAUCGCCGCCCCUGUUGAGGGUGAGCGUCGCGCGGCUGCAGCAUGCCUCACAGGAAGAAAAAGCCCUUUAUAGAGAAGAAGAAAGCUGUGUCUUUUCACUUGGUCCACCGGAGCCAACGAGAUCCUUUAGCAGCAGAUGAGACUGCACCCCAGAGGGUUCUGUUGCCCACACGAAAAAUAAGCAAUGAAGAAAGGCAAGCAGAACAGAGGAAGUAUAGAGCAUUCUUUGAUGAUAACUGUGACUACCUGCAGCACCUGAAGGAACCAUCUGGGGCCUCAGAGCUCAUUCCUUCAAGGACCUUCAGUGCACACAACAGGAGAGAGGAGAAAGAAGAAACGCUGGUAAUUCCAAGCACUGGAAUUAAGUUGCCUUCAUCAGUGUUUGCUUCAGAGUUUGAAGAAGAUGUUGGAUUGUUAAAUAAAGCAGCUCCAGUUUCGGGACCUCGACUGGAUUUUGAUCCUGACAUUGUUGCAGCUCUUGAUGAUGAUUUUGACUUUAAAAAUCCAGAUAAUCUGCUUGAAGAGGACUUUAUCCUUCAGGCCAAUAAGCCAAUAGGAGAGGAAGAGGGAAUGGAUAUACACUAUGUGUGGAAAUCUGCGAAUGAAGAUGACAGUGAGUGGGAAGAUGUAGAUGAUAAGAAGGGAGAUAGCGAUGAUGACUAUGACUCUACAGGCCCCUUAUCAGAUGAAGAUGAUGUGUCUGUGCCUGGAAAAACUCAUGGAGCUAUAGCAGAUCACUUGUUCUGGAAUGAAGAAACGAAAAGUCGCUUCACAGAGUAUUCGAUGACUUCCUCGGUCAUGAGGAGAAACGAACAGCUGACUCUACACGAUGAGAGGUUUGAGAAGUUUUAUGAGCAAUAUGAUGAUGAUGAAAUUGGAGCUCUGGAUAAUGCAGAAUUGGAAGGUUCUAUUCAAGUGGACAGCAAUCGCUUACAGGAAGUUUUGAAUGACUACUACAAAGAGAAGGCAGAGAAUUGUAUAAAAUUGAAUACCCUUGAACCCUUGGAGGAUCAAGACCUGCCAAUGAAUGAGCUUGAUGAGUCUGAGGAGGAAGAGAUGAUUACUGUAGUCCUUGAAGAAGCCAAAGAGAAGUGGGAUUGUGAAUCUAUUUGUAGUACAUACUCAAAUUUAUAUAACCAUCCACAGCUUAUCAAGUAUCAACCAAAGCCCAAACAAAUUCGAAUAUCUUCUAAAACAGGAAUUCCUCUCAAUGUCUUACCAAAGAAAGGGCUCACAGCAAAGCAAGCUGAACGAAUACAGAUGAUUAAUGGCAGUGAUCUUCCUAAAGUAUCAACCCAGCCACGUUCUAAAAAUGAGAGCAAAGAAGAUAAAAGAGCAAGAAAGCAAGCUGUAAAAGAAGAGCGCAAGGAACGAAGAGUGGAGAAGAAAGCUAACAAAUUAGCAUUUAAACUGGAGAAAAGAAGGCAAGAAAAGGAGCUCCUGAACUUGAAGAAGAAUGUUGAGGGUCUAAAGCUAUAGACAGUGGAGCUUAUAGGGUAAGGCACUUUAUUAGGGACACUUCAUUAUGUUUAAUAAUUAACUAGAGUCUUCAGAAAGACAAAACUGCUUUGCCCGUUUUACUGGCAGAUAAGAGGAAAAUACAGUAUUUGUAUUAUUUUUAUACUAGCAAGUGUUCCCUGCCAACUGUCUUGGAAAUACUGUAAUAUUUUAAUUUUUGGAUUAUAAGCUUACAUCUGCUCUGAAAUAAAUGACUUCAUGAAUGUGAAAUGUUUGGAUAAAUUAAAGGAAAAUAUCUUCAUAACUUGAA